AUGGACGAAAGUGAGACAAUAAAUCAUAAUAAUUCAAAACAACAUGCAAAUCAUUUAUCUGGUGCUGCAUUACAAGCAUCAACUGUAUCGAUUAUACCAAGUGAUAUACGUACAGGAGCACGUGGAGCAGGUUUAGCAGUAGGUGUUAAUAAUAAUUUAAUGACAACAGACAAAUCUAAUGAAACAACAACAACAUCGACAUCAGCUGCUAUUGCAGGUGGUUCAGGACAAAAUGCUAUGCUUAUGGUUGGACCCAAUUUUCGUGUUGGAAAACGAAUUGGUGCAGGAAAUUUUGGAGAAAUUCGAUUAGGAAAAAAUUUGUAUAAUAAUGAACAUGUAGCAAUUAAACUAGAACCGAUGAAAUCUCGUGCACCACAACUUCAUCUUGAAUAUCGUUUUUAUCGACAACUUGGAACUAGUGAGGGCAUUCCACAAGUACAUUAUUUUGGACCAUGUGGUAAAUAUAAUGCAUUAGUAGUUGAAUUACUUGGUCCAUCACUGGAAGAUCUAUUUGAUAAUUGCGAUCGAAAAUUUUCACUUAAAACCGUCCUUAUGAUUGCUAUACAAUUGAUAAGUCGUAUGGAAUAUGUUCAUUCAAAAAAUCUUAUUUAUCGAGAUGUUAAACCAGAAAACUUUCUUAUUGGACGUUCGUCUACGAAAAAACAACAUGUUAUACAUAUUAUUGAUUUUGGCUUAGCCAAAGAAUACAUUGAUCCUGAUACUGGUCGACAUAUUCCAUUUCGUGAACAUAAAAGUUUAACUGGUACAGCAAGAUAUAUGAGUAUUAAUACACAUCUUGGAAAAGAACAAAGUCGUCGAGAUGAUCUUGAAGCAUUGGGGCAUAUGUUUAUGUAUUUUUUACGUGGCAGUCUACCGUGGCAAGGCUUAAAAGCUGAAACAUUAAAAGAACGUUAUCAAAAAAUUGGUGAUACUAAACGUGCAACUCAUAUUGAUGUUUUAUGUCAAAGUCAUCCUGAAGAAUUUAGUAAAUAUUUAAAAUAUGUUCGAAACUUAGAUUUUUUUGAAACUCCAAAUUAUGAAUACUUAAGAAAAUUGUUUAAAGAUUUGAUGGAUUCACGUAAUUAUGUAUGUGAUUAUAAUUUUGAUUGGGUAGAAAAAGUACAGCCAUAUGCAAAUAGAACUGAUGGAAAAUCUCAAUAUCAAUCAACAAAUCAACAUAAUAUGCCAUCCAGUCCAGUUGUGCGACCAACGAAUAAAACGAACUUUUUAAAUACUCAUCUUUCACAAUCAAUACAGCAAGUACAUGGUUCAAUGCAGCCGAUUAAUAUUCCUGAUGAUGAUACUGAACGAACUGGUCGUGAUCGAGAAAAUGCACAUAUCGUCACAUCUGUGCCUAAUCCUGAAGUUAUUAGUGAUACAAAGUGUUGCUGCUUUUUUAAUCGUCGUACAAGACAGACGAAUAAUAAACAAUCAAGAAAAUAG